AUGGGCUUUGUCUUACAAUCCUCAAAAUAUUUUCUUUUAGCCCCUUUUCAAUGCUUUUGUGGUUGUUUUUCUAUUCUGUGUUCAUGGAUCUUGAUGUGUUUUUUGAAUUUGAUAUCUGCUUGAAAUUGCUUCUUUAGUCAUCUGAGGAUUGAUGAGGUUGGUUUUUGCUUCAUGGGUAUUAGGGUAUAUAACCAUUUGAUUCCUCUUCCCCCACCAUCUUUUUUGUUUUUGUUUCAUAGCUUAAAUCAUGUCAACCCUCUUAUGGAGAAUUGUUGUUCUGCCUCUAAAUGUUGCUUCUUUGUGCAGAAAAGGCAAUUUGAUUUUUGGAUGAACAGUUUUUUGGAUUUUUUUAUUGUUUUAAAAUUUGGCUUUAGCACCAUUUCAAAUGCUUGUAAGGACUCAUCAACUUGCAGUGUUUUCUCUAUUUAUUAGGCAUUUGUUUUUUGUUAAACUAUUCUUAUAUGUGAAUCUUGACAUCUUUUUGCUUUCGUCUGUUUGAUAAAAAUCUUCCCUUGGGUUAUACGUGGUUUUCAUUCACUUAUGCCUUAUAUUUUGAUGCCAAAUUCCAGAGCUAACAAGAAUAUGGUUGUCUUUUAGUAUGGCCUUUCCUUUCCGCCUCUAUUAUGGCGGGAGAAACAUCAUGGAUCAGCGACUAUGAUGAUGACACACAAAGUGAGACUAGAGACUUGGAUUUAUUUUUGGAACAAGGUGAGGAAGUUGAUAAUGAAGGAACUGCUGUUUCAAUGGAUAUAAUUUUGCCUGAUGAUCUGUUGGAGCGUAUUCUAGCGUAUCUCCCCAUUGCAAGCAUUUUCAGAGCAGGUUUUGUGUCUAAAAGAUGGUAUGAGAUUGUUACUUCAGAAAGGUUUCUAUGGAACCUUUCACGUAUGCUACCACAGAAACCGUGGUACUUUAUGUUCACUAACUCUGAUGAACCAACUGGUUAUGCUUAUGAUCCCCUCCUUCGGAAAUGGUAUGGAAUUGAGCUUCCCUUCAUUGAAACCUCUAAUUGGUUCAUUGCUUCAUCAUUUGGCUUAGUUUGCUUCAUGGACAAUGAAAGAAGAAAUGUGUUAUGCGUGUGCAACCCAAUUACCAAAUUCUGCAGGAAGCUUGAGGAGCCUCCAGGUUUGAAAUUUCCUGAUUACAGCUCAUUAGCAAUCUCAGUGAACAGGGAAUCCCUCAGUUAUACUGUGGCAAUUGUAAAAUCAAAGGAAGUCCCUGAAAACUUUUUCCAGUGGGAUGUCUCAAUUCAUAUAUACAAUUCAGCAAGGGAGACAUGGGUGACUACUCGGAGAGAGGUUUUGAUGGGGUGGAGAGGAGGUGAUGAGAGUGUGAUUUGCAAUGGCGUUCUAUACUUCUUAGUCUACUCAACUGGUGGUGGUCAUCCGGAGAUUCGCCAUGCACUUGUUGCAUAUAAUAUCUCUGAUCAUUCAUCCCAAGCUAGCUUGAGAAGGAGCUUUAUUCCUGUACCGUGUUCUCUUACAUGUGGCCGUCUGAUGAAUCUGAAGGAGAAGCUCGUGAUGGUGGGAGGAAUUGGUAAACAUGACCGCCCUGACAUAAUUAAAGGAAUUGGCAUCUGGGUUCUUCAUGAUACGAAAUGGGAAGAGAUAGUAAGAAUGCCAAAUAAGUACUUCCAAGGCUUUGGAGAGUUUGAUGAUGUUUUUGCUAGCGGUGGCAUAGAUGAUCUAAUAUAUAUUCAGAGUUACGGAUCUCCUGCACUUCUCACAUUUGACAUGAGCAUUAAACAAUGGAAAUGGUCACAGAAGUGCCCAGUAACUAAGAGGUUUCCUCUACAGCUUUUCACUGGUUUUUGCUUUGAGCCGAGGCUUGAAAUUGCUCCAUAGUUUAUUCUCCAUAGGAUCAAGGGUUUCUAUUGGCACGUGUGUGCAAGUUUCUGCCAUUUACUCCAUUGUUCUUGAGUUGAAAUUUGAUAUGAUUUCUGUGUUUCAACAGUUCAAACAAAGUGUACUUGCUGAUAAAGUUGGUUAUUCAUGAAUAUUGGAAUAUUAUCACAGAAUUUAAAAUACAACUGAGCUAUUCUUAAA